AUGUCUCGUAUACGAAGUCCUGGCGUUUUUCUUUAUGCUUCUCUCUUCCUCGCCGUUGUGACAAAUGCCUUCGUUUUAUUCCCGGCAUCUAAUGCCCCCAAUGACUACUCUGACAACUGUGUCGGCGCCCUCUCUCGGAACAUUACUGAAUGUUCAAAUGCUAUUCCUACGCUGGAUCCAAAUGGAUUUUAUACGGAAAGCUCGUUGGAGCGGUCCUGCACAUCUGAUUGUCGUUCCGCUCUACAAUCAUGGGAGCAGAGUAUUGAGGACUCUUGCAAUGGCGUGACAUAUACCAAUGAUUAUGGAAACACUGUCCCCGUCUCUUCUGUUGCUACUAUGAUCAACUUCAACUUCAACCAAACUUGCUUGAUCAACGAUGGGGAAUAUUGCAACAUUGUCCUUGGAAAUCUGACCAAAGCUUCAGUCAAUGGCUCUUCGGGCCAGAAGGAUUGCAACAAAUGCAGUCUUUUCAAGCUCCGCGAUACCGCCCAAUUUCGAUAUGGGAAUGGCCCUCUGGUGUAUUCCAAGUCGCUGUACCAGAGUUACACAUCUUCGUGUCACUUCACGGGGUAUCCACUGACGGCUAAACCCACUUCGCUACCAAUGUCUACAACGGCUGUGUCUUCUUCCCGGCUCAUAGGCUCCAAAACUUCUUCUGCCUCAGCAGGCCCAACCACGACCUGUGGUGGCUCCAAAUACAACAUCAAAUCUGGAGAUACCUGUAACUCGAUCUCCCUAUCUCAAGGAGUUGCCACCUGGCAGCUUCUUAUGGACAACGAUCUCCCAGCCUAUUGUGCGAAGUUUCCCAAAAAAGGCAGUCUCUGCAUCAAAAACAAAUGUGAUGUAUAUACCGUUCAGAGCGGAGAUACAUGUACCUCUGUGUCUGCUGCACACAACAUCAGCGCUGUACAGCUUCGCUCUUAUAAUCCCUGGAUUGACUCUGGCUGCUAUAACUUCAAUCGCACUAUUGACUCCCAGAUUUGCAUCAAUGAACCAGGCCAGAAGUACGUGCCACCGGCAACCACCACUUCAGUUGCUGGUUCUACUGCAAGCUCUGCUGUUCCAGUUCCGAGCGAUGUAGCUGCCAAUACUACAACCCGAUGCGGAGAGUACUACAAGGUGGGCAAGGGUGAGGAGUGUGAUGUUUUCACUGCCAAAUUUGGAAUUUCUCGGGGCGACUUCGGCAUUCUAAAUCCCGAGGUAAAUGUGAACUGCACCAACCUCCUUGCUAAUACUAGCUACUGUGUUCAGCCAGUGGGAGAUAUCAAUUCCUAUCCCAAUGCUCCAGGGUACACAGGUCCCUCGUCAUCAAUCUCCAAGGUUGCUUACACCAGUUUGCCCGAUGCCACAUACGCCCCCAUCUUUGAGGUCGCUCCUCUAGCCCCACAAACGCGCCAGGGCUGUGAUGCAUAUGCAUCGGGAGCUGAUCUCCAAUAUGACUACGAUGAUGUGUCCCAGUGUGAUAGUGCUAGCUACUUCUACGAUGUUACCGUGGCAAACUUGAUACUGUGGAAUCCGUCUCUACAGAGUACCAGCACUAGCAGUAACUCGUCGACCAACUUGGGAGAUUGUUCCUUUUCUAAGCAGUUCCGCUAUUGCAUGCACUAUCCUGCCCCUAGCGCAACUGGGUCUAUUUCUGGAAGCCGUACCUCUACGCCUCUGCCAACCGCUACCAAACAUUGA